AUGGCAUUAGAAAGCAAGUACCAGAAGGACAAUGAGAAAGCACCUGGUGAAACACCAUCAACACCCAAGAAAAAAAAGAAUGGCAAAGCAAAGGCCAAAAGUAAAUCAAAGGCUCAUGCCAAAGCAAAGGCAAAGUCUAGCCCUAGGGUGCAGAAAAAAUCCAAGACAACAGCGGUUGCAAAGUCAGGCCCCAAAGCAAAACCCAAAGCAGCUAGUAGCAACAAUGCAAAGAAGGAAGAAGAUGAGAAAGAUGAGAAGGACAAGAAAGAUCCCCAAAAGAAGAAAGGAAAGGAAAGUUUGAAGGAACAAGCAUCGAAAUGGGUUUCAAACUUGGACAAGCCUUCAGAGGAUGAGGAGGAUCAGGAUGCAAGCAAGGCACCUACAGAAGAGAGGGACAGGCAGAAAGCACAGAAAUUUCGAAAGCUUGAGAAAGCAGGUGCAUUGCCUGCAGAAGUCCAGGAAGCUUUUGAUGCAGCUGAGAAAAGUUCUAACCCCAGAGCCAACAAAACACAGCUCAUCAACAGCCUGUUCAGAAAGGAAGGUAAUAACUUUGUGAUGGUUCCCAAGGACCCUGCCUUCAAAAGGGUUCAAAAGCUGUUGGAUGUGAAGUAUGGGAAGGAAGAGUCUCAAAGCUUCCCCUGGUCCAUCAUGCUCUAUGACAAGCUUGGUGGCAACCAAACCGCACUAGAAAAUGCCUUGCAGUGUGGUGAUGUUGUUGUUACCAACCACAAGGGAAAGGAGUUCUAUAGCUACAACACUUUGAAGUCAGGCAGGAUGAAGAGUUUGGGUGAUGAAAGCGAGCUGAAUGAUGGCCAGCACAGCUUGGAUGAGAGCUCUCACCAAGUCAUCACUGAUUGGUUCAAAAAUAUGAAUGUUGGUGCUCUGAAACCAAUAGAGGAGUCAAAAGAAGCAGGAGAUGGCCUUGUGAUUUUUGCAAAGCCAAAGGCUCAGGAAAUUGACUGGGGCCAUGUUGAGAAGGUCUUGCAGUCAGCAAAGACUGCACAGGAAAAGCUGAUCAGGGAUGCCAUGAAGCUGAAGGAAUGUGUUUUGAGGGCACAGGAUCACGACUUGCUUGAAGUCUUCAAAGGCAGCCUCAAAGAUUUGCAGGACAAUGACAAGAAUUUGGACCACAUCUUACUGUGGAAGGCUCUGGAGUUGCCUGAUCACACAAAAUGGGAUUUGGAGAGUGGAAAAGCAUGGAUGACCGCCUUGGCCAAGCAAACCCAGAAAGCCAAUGAAAAGAUUGAAGGUGACUCCAUGCCACCUGCCAAAAGCAGGCGCCUUGGUCAAAGGAAAAGGCUGGCUUUGGACCAAAGCCAGUCAGAAGCCAAAACAACCAGUGAGUUGGCCAGCUUCUUGGUUGAACAAUGGGCCUGGGGCCACAUCAGCCCCCAAAUGGUGCAGCAAGUGGCAAGCAAAGCUUGCGCAGACAUGAAGCAUGCUGCACCUACACCUUUGCAGAGCUGGGCAAAGUUGGGUGGUGGGUAUGCCAACUUGAUGUCAGCUGCCUUGAUAGCCAGCCAGAAAAGCAAGUUGCCUGACCCCUUUGUAAUCCAACUUCCUUACAAAAAGGGAAACCACAUGCAGAAGUUCCUCUUACCCCACGAAGUCUUUGCCAGCAUCUUUGACAACUAUUAUGAAACCUUCCAGAAUGUCCUGGUGGGCCCCCCUGGUUACCUCCAAGAUUUUUGGAGAACAGCCAAGCAACACCCCUGCAUGAGUUUGCACCCAGCAGUCUUGGAAGCUUGGGUUUUGGAGUUUUACCGCCAAUACCCCACUACCAGCAAAUUCAGGCACAUGUCCAAGCUCACCAUGUUCAUGAGAAAACAAGGGGGGCCCAAAUUGAGGGGUAAGGCUAUUGAAAUUAGAAGCUUUGGGCCUGUGAUUUUGUCCUUAUGGGAAAGCCAUUGCAACCGCAAUGUCACCAUGCAGAAGAACAUCUUGGUCUUAUUGAAAUUGAACCAGAAGGUGGAUGCAAUGCUUGAGGAGCACAAGGGCGAACUUUCUUUCCCAGAGCAUGCUGCCCAAGAAUUCACAAAAGUGAUUUUCAACAUGGGCCACUUGCAGUUUUUAGCCAAAGGCUGGGAGCAACGGAUCGAUCCGCGAGGGCAGGUCUACUUCCAGUACCAUUUCACGCGUCAGACGACCACGAUCGACCCUCGUGGCUGUCCUGUCGGUUGGGACAUGCGGCUGUCCGACGACGGUGAGAUCUAUUUCGCCUUUCGACCAGCCAUGCGAACCACGCGACGUGAUCCCCGGGGGUUGCCUGAGCACGUUGAUCCUGCCUUGGACCAGCGGGGCAGGAUGUAUUUCAAAGUGCACGACACUCAAAGCACUACGUGGGAAGAUCCUCGUGCUGGUCAACCAGAGGUGACCUUGAAAUUGUGGAGACAGGCGCAAAGAACGCGUUGGUGGAAGGAAAAGGUCAGGAAAGAAGUUGAAGAGAUGACAAGGUUGAAAGAACUGAAGGAAAUGUCCAAAGUUGACAUGGAAAUCUUGGUUCUUGACAAGGAGCCUUCUGAGUCCAGUGUUUGA